UUCUUUGCCAUGAGGGGGAUCUGUUUAUUUGAGUUGACAAACGUAAGAGGCCAAAGAUUGACUUCUUGUAUUCAGUUCGUGUCGUGAUUGAAGUCAAUAAUUAUCGUCCUACAGUUAAAAUUAUGAUGUCCUUAAAAGAGUUAAACGUCGCAAGGAAAAGUCUCGUAGCAUCGCUGGGUGAUAACGCAAAAUUAUACUUUGAAAAUAUGAAGAUGUGGUUUCAGAUGAAGACAACAAAAGAGGAAUUUGAUUCUGAGGCUCGUAAUAUGAUGAGUCAAGAUCAAGUUCAUUUACAUAAUGAGUUUCUUCUUUGCUUAUUCUGCAAAGUCCAAGGCUUAUCAUCUGUUACAACAGUUCGAACGAACAAGCACAACAAUAUUCACACUCGUCUUGACAAAGAAAAAAUUUCAGAGAAAAGGCUGAGAUUAAAACGAAAAUAUAAGACCGAUAAGUCUAAUUUUGAACCUGCUGAUGUUUAUGUUGAAGUCUUGUCCCAAACUUCCUCACCUGUUGGGGAUGAGCCAAUUGGUGCAAAUCAUUCUAGUGCUCAGAAGCUAUUACUACCUGAUCGUACUUUUGUUCUGGCAAGAUUGAUGCUUGCAGCUUGGGAGAACAAUAUGGAUGGUGCUGAAGAAAAUACUGCACAUAUUAUUAUAGCUGCUACUCAGGUCUUUCUCAAAAAUCUUCUAACGGCAGUUAUAACUAGGAGAAAAGGUUUUUCUGUUAGAGAAGGAUCCUUCAUUCAUAACAUUGGUGAACCAGUACCAAGUUCUUGGACAAGAAACACAUCCUAUAUGAACAAUGCAUCAAGUUUUAAUUCGGUCACAAAUGUAGUGGAACCUGAAGGACAAGUUCCUGCUAUGAAACAAACGCUUGAGGAAGCUGAACAAGCAACUGCAUUUGCAUUAGCGUGUUCAGCUCAGACCACUUCUUCUACCCCUGAUCCUAUUAGUGUGGCAAACCUGCUGCAAGCAUUAAAGGUGUACAAGAAUCUCAUCAACAAUCAUACGAUUUAUGCAACUAAUAUGGAACGCUUGUAUAAGUAUGCAACGCAUUCAACAUGGGAAGAAUUGGAAACAAGAAAAAUAUUGUACAGGAGUUCUAAAACGUGAUACAAAAAAUCGGAAUGGACUGUAUUUAUUGAACGUUUUUAUUACAUAUGUAUUGUUCCAUUAAACAUACGUAUAAAUGAAUGGGUAAUUAAGUGAUUCAAAAAAACAAUUAAUUAUCUAAUUAAACUAGGGUGAAGGUAAUGAAAUAGACACCAGUUUGUAAACAUUUGUAAUAAGUGAUAUACUUUAUACCUCUGACAGUUCAAAAUUUAUUCAAUAGAGAUUCACAUUCGAAUUUGAAA